AUGAGUGUAUGGCCUGAUGCUAGUCCGUACGCGAUUUCCGGUUGGCCAUGGUGGUGGCUAUUACUUUUACUUCUUCUGUUACUCCUGCUCAUUCUUCUCACAUGUUGCCUACUUUGGUGUUUGCAAGGACGUUAUCGAACACGUAAAGAGCGGCGACGUGUGAUUGCGUCAAAUGGUCAAACAGUUCCAUUACUUUCCGCAGACAUCGAGAAAAAUGGAAUUGAGCAAAAUAUGCAAGCACUUUCAUCACGUGUUGAUGAUAUCCGAUCAUCACUUGAUCAAAAAGCAACAGCUCGUGGAGAUUUCGAAGAUGGUUAUGUACGGGGUUUUCGAGAUGCAAAUAAAUUAGGUACUGCAUCAGCAGCACGUCGACGAAUGGAUGAUGAUUAUGGUAGUAGAGAUGAUCGAUUUCAUGAGGGUUAUGUGAAAGGAUUAAGAGAUGCCGGAAUGACGGGAAUGAGUGCAUCAAUGCGUAAUUUGGCACAACGUGGUCAAGGAGCUGGCUAUUCUUCCGGUUAUAUGCAAGGUUUCCGAGAUGGUAACUCAGGUUUCUUUGGUGAUCGGAUAUCUAAUAGUUUAUUACGAAGGCUAGAAGAACAGUAUCCGAAUCAGGAAGAAUUUCGUACCGGCUAUAUUGAUGGAUUCAAGGAAGGUAUUGCAAGUCGAACUUCUGGACAACGAAGCUUUGAAGAAUCUCGACGUUUGCAAGAGAGUCUUACUAAACUUACUGAAAUAUUGCAAGACAAAUCGAGAGGUGGUGGUGAUGAAACGCAUACAACUAAGAUUUAUCAUGUUUAUAAUCAACAACCGGACGGUGUUGCUGUAUCAGCUUAUUCAUCUACAACCGGUCGUCAACUGGAGCAAGAAUUAGAGGAGCUUACAUCUUCUUCGAGAAGAUCAACCCUUAGGAGACAUUAUACACCAGGUGAUUAUUUGAAAUAUGGUAGUGAAGCCGAGGCAUAUGGUAGCUUAGCAAGAAAUCGACGCUCACUUUCUGCAUCAGCACUUGGUCGAGAGCUUGCUAGAGAACAGUCAGAACGUGCUCGUCUGUAUUCCGGUACCGGAACAUCAUAUAUCAGUCGUGCAUCAGCUGCCGAAAGACCCCUUACUGAUACAUAUUCACGUCGCUACACGUAUCGUAGCCGUAGCGAUAUGGGUAGUCCACGUCAUUAUGCAUCGCAAACAUUACUGGACGGAACUCGUCCAGGACCUUCAACACCUCACACACGUCGUGAUGCACUGCACACUUUACAACGUGAACUUGAUACACUAUCACGCUCACCGGAUCAGUUAACAGCGCGUGGCUAUAGCUCCGACACCGGGUACAUGAACGAUACAAUGCGAUCACGUACCCGUGCAUACUCAAAUUAUGACUAUGAUACAUAUCGAACAUCGAAGAGUGAAAUGAGAAGUGCCGAAGCAUCUGGCGGUGUCAUUGGUUCAAGUAGUGGUGCCUCAGCAGGUGCUAGUUAUGGUCCAAGAGCCACCGCUUCUACCUCAUUCAGUACUCGUAGAGGAGAAAAUGAGAGAGGAGCUGGUAGUGGAAGGACAACAGCUUUCUCAUCGCAUAAUUGGCCUGAUGAUUUAAUUGAUAUUGUCAAUGAACCGAUGGGACAGACAUUGGAUCGUAUGAAAAAAUACAGUAACUCGUUGUCACAGGUUGACAGAGAUGGAACAGAAGAAGGUGGUCCAAUUCGAGAAAGAGUGGAAGAGCGAUAUCAGCGCUCAUACAAAGAAGAAUAUACAACUGGAAGACGAUAA